AAAACCAGUGUUCAAACCGCGGGAACAGACCAACUUAUGAACCUCCAUCACAAAAUGACUAAACUCACCCAAACAUCUUCUCUCCACACCCAUCUCUGCUUCCUUCUCUUCCUCCCCCUCCUCCUCAUCAGCCAUGCCAACUCUCAGUCAUUGCAAGACCAAGAACAAGCUGUCCUGCUAAAACUAAAAUCAUACUUGCAAUCUCCACCGUUCCUCAGCCAUUGGAUUCCAUCAACAUCAAACACUUCCCACUGUUCCUGGCGGCCUGAGAUCACCUGCACAAACAACUCCGUCACCGGAUUGUCUCUGGUCGACAUGAACAUCACCCUAUCAGUUCCACCUUUCAUUUGUGAUCUCAAGAACCUCACACUCGUUGAUCUCAGCUACAACUACUUUCCUGGAGAGUUCCCAAAAGCUCUCUACAACUGUUCAAAGCUAGAGUACCUGGACCUCUCUCAAAACUACUUUGUUGGCAAGAUUCCUGACGAUAUCGACAGCCUGCCUCGGCUUCGAUACCUUAGCCUUGCCGGUAACAACUUUUCUGGUGAUAUACCAGCGGCCAUUGGGCGGUUACAUGAGCUCAGGAACCUGCAGCUGUUUAUGAACGAGUUUAAUGGCUCCGUCCCACCAGAAAUAGGUAACUUGUCCAAUCUUAAAGACCUAAAUCUCUCUAGCAAUAUAAAACUUGUGCCAUGGAACAUGCCUUCAAAUUUCACCCAGUUGAAAAAUUUGAAGACUUUAUGGAUACGAGAAUCAAAUUUGAUCGGACAGCUCCCUAGAACACUCGGGGAAAUGGCAGCACUGGAAGAAUUGGAUUUGGCAAAGAACCGUUUGAAUGGGGCAAUCCCAAGCUGUUUGUUUCUGUUGAAGAAUUUGAGUAUAAUCUAUCUCUUCAAGAACCGCCUGUCUGGGGAUAUACCUCAAGUGGUUGAAGCAUUGAACUUGAAAGUUAUUGAUCUUUCUGACAACCUUUUAACAGGGCCAAUACCAGAAGAUUAUGGAAAGCUUACCAAGUUAACAGGGUUAGCUUUGUUUUAUAACGGUUUUACUGAUGAGAUUCCAGCAAGCAUUGGCCGUCUACCAAAUCUCAUAGAUUUCAAAGUGUACGACAAUAACUUGACAGGAACAUUGCCUCCGGACUUUGGGAGGUAUUCAGAGCUUGAAGGGUUCGAGGUUUCGGGAAAUAGGCUCGCUGGUAAACUGCCAGACCAUUUGUGUUAUUUGGGUAAGCUGGUAGGACUUGUAGCUCAUGAGAAUAAUCUCACUGGGGAGUUACCAAGCUCUCUUGGAAAUUGCACUAGUUUGGUGAUAGUCAAGGUUUAUGAUAAUGGGUUGUCUGGGAACAUUCCUAGUGGCAUGUGGACAGCAACAAACUUGAGUCAGGUACUAAUGAACAAGAAUUCUUUUACCGGUGAGCUUCCUGAGAAAAUGUCUUGGAAUCUUUCGCGGCUGGAAAUCAGAGAUAACAGGUUUUCAGGUAAGAUUCCAACCGGGGUGUCUUCCUGGACGAAUUUGAAGGUUUUUGACGCCGGUAAUAACCUUUUUAACGGUACUAUCCCUCAGGAACUUACUGCUCUUCCUAGCUUAAUCACUCUUUCUCUUUAUCAGAAUCAGCUUACUGGCUUCCUUCCAUCAGAGAUUAUAUCAUGGAAAUCACUCAACACUCUUAAUUUCAGUGGAAAUCAACUCUCUGGACCAAUUCCAGAGAAACUUGGUCUUCUACCAGUCCUUACUGAACUGGAUCUUUCAGAAAACCAACUUUCUGGCCAAAUUCCAGCUCUGCUUGGGCGUCUGAAGCUCAACCAUUUCAAUCUCUCUUCCAAUCACCUAUCUGGGAAGAUCCCAUUUGAAUUUGAAAAUCCUGCUUAUGACAGAAGCUUCUUGGACAAUCAAGGUCUAUGUGCAAUUAGCUUAUCAGAAAAACUCAGCAUAUGCAAUUCUGAACCCCGGAAGUCCAGCAAAAUUUUGUCCAAGUAUCUUGUAUUGAUCAUAACUUUCGGCAUACUUUUGUCCUUCUUGGCUUUGUCCUUAUCAUUCUUCAUGGUCAGAGGUUAUUGGAAGAGAAACGGAUCAGAUUCUUAUUGGCAGCUCACCUCAUUUCAGAGGUUGAAUUUCACAGUGUCAAAAAUUCUCUCAGGAUUGACAGAAAGUAAUUUUAUUGGAAGUGGCGGAUCAGGGAAAGUUUAUUGUGUUCCUGUCAAUUGUACAGGCGAUGUUGUUGCCGUGAAAAAUAUUUGGAAAGAUAAGAAGUUAGAAGAGAAGCUUGAAAAAGAAUUUCUUGCAGAAGUCAAGAUAUUGAGUUCCAUUCGACAUGCCAACAUAGUGAAGCUGAUGUGCUGUAUAUCCAAGGACAAUUCAAAACUACUUGUCUAUGAGUACUUGGAGAAUCGAAGCCUGGAUCGAUGGCUGAACAAGAGAAACAGGCCAUCCAAUCUCUCCAGGUCAGUCCACCAUGUUGCGCUGGACUGGCCUAAGAGGUUGCAUAUUGCAGUGGGGGCUGCUCAGGGCCUCUGCUACAUGCAUCAUGACUGUGUGCCACCCGUUGUGCAUCGAGACGUGAAAUCAAGUAACAUCUUGUUAGACUCUGAUUUUAAUGCAAAAAUAGCAGAUUUUGGUCUAGCCAAGAUGUUGGUCAAGCAAGGAGAACUUGCUACAAUGUCAGCUGUUGCUGGCUCCUUUGGCUACAUUGCUCCAGAAUGUGCUCAUACUAUACGAGUGAAUGAGAAGAUUGAUGUAUAUAGUUUUGGGGUCGUCCUUCUGGAGUUAACCACCGGUAGGGAAGCUAAUGAUGGCGACGAACACACUUCUCUUGCUGAAUGGGCAUGGCGCCUAGCUCAAGAAGACAACCCUCUUGCUGAUGCUUUGGACCAGGACAUCAAAGAACCUUGUUACUUGGAUGAUAUGUGCUCCGUUUUCAAACUUGGUAUCUACUGCACCGAGAAACUACCAUCUGCUAGGCCUUCCAUGAAGGAUGUUCUGCAAAUCUUGCUCCGGUGCAACCACCCGGUAGUUCACAUCGAGAAGAUCGAGUAUAUUGCUGCUCCUCUACUAAAGAAUUCGAAGCGCAAGCAGAUACUGGAAGACUGAUGGUGGUUUGGUGACAAAUGUGUGAUAGACUGGGUUGAAUUCAACGAGGUAACCAAUAAAGGGGAAAUAAGACUUUCGUUUCAGAUUGGUCUGAAGCUGAUCAAAUGUACACCAUAGGAUCCAGAAGGUGGCACUUAGGAUAACGAAGAGUAUAUUCAUGCGGCCAAAGAGAAGAUGCAUCUAUUAGGCCAAACUACCCUGUAUAUUAGUACCAUAUGUAUAAUAUUAAGAAGAGGACUCUUAAAAUUAGUAUACGUGUGAUACUGGGUGUCCAAACUUCACAACAAUCAGUAGGAACAGUAAGUUCCGAACUGCAAAAACAAGAUAAAAUUGUUGCUGAUAGCCCAUAAGAAUCCUGUUUUAUUUGAAAAAA